CUGUGUUAUGUGGGUGUGCGUGUGUAGAUGUGUUCCAUCUGUGUGCAUACAUGUGGUCAUAGGGGUGUGUAGGUGUGUUAUGUAUGUGCAUAUAGACACGUGUAUGUAUGGGUGUGUGGUGUGUGUGUACAGAUGUGUUCUAUCUGCCUGUGUACAGAUGUGUUAAAAGCUACAUGCACGUGCAAACAUGUUGUAUAUAUGUGUCUGUGUUAUGUAUGUGUGUGUAUAGAGGUUGUGUGCAUAGAUGUGCUGUGUACGUGUGCAUGGAUGUGUUCUAUCUAUCCAUGUGGGUAGGGAUGUGUUAAAUACAUGUAUGUAUGUACAAGUGUGUUGCAUAGAUGUAAGUGUGUGCAUAGAGGGGUGUAUGUGUUUAUAGAUGUGCCGUAGGUGUGUGUGUUAAAUGGGAUGUAUGUGUUGGGUGUAUAAGAGUGUAUGUGAGCAAAUAGGUGUGUGUACGUGUUCAUGUGUGUAUAUGGGCAUAUAUGUGUGUGUAUGUGUUACUUGUGUGUAUAUGGGCAUGUGUGUGUACUUGUUACAUAUGUGUGUGUAUCGUGCAUAUGUUAUGUCUGUAAAGAUGUGUUCUGUCCAUAUGUGUUUCAUAUAUUAUAUAUCUACAUGUACGUUAUAUACGUGUGCUAUGUGUUGUGCAUAUGUGCAGUUUGUGUGUAAGUGGGUUGUAAGUGUGCACAUGCACGUAUAUGCAUGUUGUGUGUGUAAAUAUAAUUGCAUGUACGCGAUGUUACAUCUUUUUGUAUCCAGCACAGAUGUGCUAGCUAGAUGUUACACAAGCCAUGCGUGUGCACAGGCAUGUUAAAUCUAUGUUAUGUGCGUUAUGCGCGUGGGCACACACACGUGCUGCACGCCACACACGUGUUGAUGCGUGUAAAACACACGGAGCUGAUCCCCUGCACCCCACACAGGGCUGGCUGGGAGCGCUGGCGCUGCUGAGCGCCGUGGUGCUGUGCUGCUGCCUGCGCCGUCCUGCCGUCCCCACGCAUCACCACCCCCACGUGCGCUGCUACGGCACGGCAGAGCUGCGGGAUGGAGAGGCCCCUGCACACCUCCUGGGCCGCAGCCUGCGCUGGGAGCAGCACGUACCUGUACAGUUGGUGCCCCAGAUUGAGGCUGCCCAACAGCGGCGGAGACGCAGGGAGCAUUCCUGCCCCACGCUGCAGCUCCGUGCAGGGCUGCACAGUGAGCCCCAUGAGAGAUCCAUCUCACCGUGGCGGUACCGCAUCGAUGAGGACGAGGACCGCUACCCACGCAAGCUGGCCUUCGCCGAGUGCCUGUGCACCGGCUGCGUGGAUGUGAAGACAGGGAGGGAGACCACGGCGCUCAACUCGGUGCUCCUCCAUCAGACCAUGAUGGUGCUGCGCCGCAAGCCCUGCCCGCGCCCCUCCAGCGCCGGCCUCUUCACCUUUGAGGUGGAUUACAUCCGUGUGCCCGUGGGCUGCACCUGCGUCCUGCCCCGCACCGGGCGCUGACCCCGCUCCCUUGGAGCACCCCCAACCCCGUGACCGUGUCACCCUCCUCGUGCUUGUUUUAGAGCACUCGUUCCGCCCACCCCGCCCUCCUCCUCGACCCCAUCACCAUUUAUUUAUGAGUUAUUUAUGAUGCCCACUGGGGGGAUUUAUUUUUGUAACCCUGUAUUUAUUGCUGACCCCCCCCCCAACCCUCCCAUAAGGCAGCAGCCCUGGGCUCAGCCUCAGCCCACACCUGCAGCCCUGCCCGGGUGCUUCCCAGUUAUUUAUUCCCCCUCAGUGCUAUUUAUUGAGACCUCCGCGUGCUAUUUAACGCCAGCAGUGUGCAGCCUGAAAAUAAAAGCCUGACUCCCAAUGUGCCACACUGGGAUAACUGGGAGGGCAAGGGGCAGAGGUGCACAGGUCCCCCAGUUGUGCCCCGUGGAUGCUGGAGGGGAGGUGCCAAGGAUGCAGGGAUGGAGGUGCGUUGGGUACCCCCAUUCCAGCUGCCCCAAUGGAUGCUGGGGGGCAUCUGCCAUCCCCAAAGCAUACCCAGGGGAAGGGGGAGGCAGUGGGGAGAGCAGGAGAAGGACAACCCCACACCAGCACCCCAUCACCACCCACUCCUUUCCCACAGCUCUGCCCUGGGCACUCACAUCCCAUGGGCUCAGCGCCACCUACCGGGGUUGUCCCACAUACCUUAAGAGCACCCAUGGGUGCUGGAGGGAGGGGGGGGGGGGAAGGGGCUGGG